AUGAUUAUAGAAGAAAAUUCUUUGGCUGAAGAAUUAAAGGGAGUUUCAAGGUAUGAAAAAGUAUAUCCAAUAAUAAUUAUUUCAACUAGGUUGCUUACAUAUCAAUUUUUAUUAUUGGAUUACUUAUAAUUAAAACUGAUGAUGCUUACAUUACGUGUCAAACUUCAAAUGAAUUUUAAGGAAUAAUUUGGGAAAUGGGAUUGAUUCCCUUAGCCUUUAUUGGAGAUGUAACUAAAAACUUAAACAUAAAUAUUUUUAUUGUUGGUUUGGUUUAAUUUUUGGCCUGUCAAUUAAGAUUGCAAUUCACAAUGAUAUAUUUGCUAUAUAAAAUACUAGGACAAGGGAAAAUGGUAUCAUAAUUAAUAUAUUUAAGAGACUUAUAGUUUACUUUACUUAAUACCCUUAAUAACAAAUAUAAUAUUACCUCAUUAAAAAGUAUUUUUUGGUUUUACAUAAUUUGUAUUAGUAUUAUUGA